CCGUCUUCCGUUUUCCCUUGCCCUCGUUGUGGUCACGCGGAUGCCCGGCGGGCGGGUGGCGCGUUGCCAUGCGUGCGCGUGGCAGCAGAGUGAUGGCGUGCUUUCGCGAGAGUUCGCAACCAUCUCCACCACCUCCCCAUUCCCUCCCGUCUAAAAAGCGCGAGCCACCACCGGUCACCUGGGCACGUCGCCACACCACAACGCCACGGAGAAGGAAGACGCGCUCGACUCGCCUGCGUCUGUCUCCACUUCCCGCGAGCCCGGCGUCUUCCGCCGCCGGGCACGCACCACGCACCACGCGCACGCUCACCUGCAGCAAACACUCGUCAAGAUGGUGGAGGGAUUCGAGACUGACAAGAACAUCGAGAUAUGGAAGGUGAAGAAGCUGAUCAAGGGGCUGGACGCGGCGAGGGGCAACGGCACGAGCAUGAUCUCCCUCAUCAUGCCGCCGCGGGACCAGGUGUCCCGGGUCGCCAAGAUGCUCGGCGACGAGUACGGCACAGCCUCCAACAUCAAGAGCAGGGUGAACCGCCAGUCCGUGCUGGCCGCCAUAACCUCCGCCCAGCAGAGGCUCAAGCUGUACAGCCGGGUGCCCCCCAACGGCCUCGUGCUCUACACCGGCACCGUCGUCACCGACGACGGCAAGGAGAAGAAGGUCACCUUCGACUUCGAGCCCUUCAGGCCCAUCAACGCCUCGCUCUACCUCUGCGACAACAAGUUCCACACCGAGGCGCUCAACGAGCUCCUCGAGUCCGACGACAAGUUCGGCUUCAUCAUCAUCGACGGCAACGGCACGCUCUACGGCACGCUCAGCGGUAACAGCAGGGAGGUCCUGUACAAGUUCACCGUGGAUCUGCCCAAGAAGCAUGGGCGGGGAGGGCAGUCCGCGCUCCGCUUUGCCCGCCUGCGCAUGGAGAAGCGGCACAACUACCUGCGCAAGGUGGCUGAGCUCGCAACGCACUUCUUCAUCAACCCUGCCACCCACCAGCCCAACGUCGUCGGGCUCAUCCUGGCCGGCUCCGCCGAUUUCAAGACCGAGCUGGGGAAAUCCGACAUGUUCGACCAGCGGCUGCAGGCCAAGGUGAUCAAGUCGGUCGACGUGUCGUACGGCGGGGAGAGCGGCUUCAACCAGGCCAUUGAGAUGUCCGUGGAGGUCCUGUCGGAGGUUAAGUUUGUCCAGGAGAAGAAGCUCCUUGGGAAGUACUUCGAGGAGAUAAGCCAGGACACCGGGAAGUACGUCCUCGGCGUGCAGGACACCAUGGCGGCCCUCGAGCUGGGCGCGGUCGACACGCUGAUCGUGUGGGAGAGCCUCGACGUCAGGCGAUACGAGCUCAAGAACCCUGCCACGGGAGAAGCCGUGGUGAAGUACCUCAACGGCGGCCAGGAAGCGGACCAGAGCAACUUCGUCGACGAGGCGACGUGCGGAGAGCUGGAUGUUGUUGACAGGGUGCUGCUGCUGGAGUGGUUCGCUGAGAACUACCGGCAGUACGGCUGCAAGCUGGAGUUCGUCACCAACAGGUCCCAGGAAGGAUCGCAGUUCUGCCGGGGCUUCGGCGGGAUCGGCGGGAUCCUCCGCUACCCGGCCGACGUCGCCGCUUACGACGACGACGACGACGACGACAUGCUGGACGACGAUGUCUAUGAAGGCUUCGAAUAGCAAUCAACUGAAACUUCACUGAGUGCGGUCCGGGAGGAGCCUGUGCUGGCCCCGACCGCGCCGGGACGCGACCCUGAAACAUCCAAACGACCGGUGCAAGGAGAACAAGGAGGUGGAGAGAAGAUAAGGAUCUAAGCAAGUUACAAUCCAGAUCUCGAGCAAGGCAGGAUGGCGACGUUGAAGCUUAAUGUGGAGUUGGAAGUCUCUUCCUCUCUGGACCCGUCCCUGGAAUUUGGUGAUGCUACUAAAGCAGCCGUGGCUGCCUUCUCUUGCUGCAUCAGACAAUACUUAUUAGAGUCGUAUUAGUUGCGAUUCACAGACUCACACUGGUGGUCCUUACAUAAUCUACUCGAAGGUAAUAAGGAGAUUAGUUGCCUUAUCAUGUAUACUACUCCUAAGUCGCCUUGUGUGGCUUAUACGCUACUGUACUACGGCAGCUUCUAUGUUUGUUUUAUCUUGCUUCCUAAAAUAAUGUUGUGCGUGUGCUA